CCACCAGUAAGCAAGGGGCGCCUCACACCGUUGCGGGGUUCGGGGCAUGUGUCGGGGAAAAGGAUUUUACCUAGGCGGCUGGGACAUACGGCUGCGCCUGUAACUCACCCGAGUAUUCGGGGAGCAGGUGGCGAUGAAAACCCUUGCGUCUAUGCCUGAGAGACCAACACCACUACCCCAGGCGAAGUUGAGUCAGGAACGAUGUGUGUCUAUUGACCUUGUGAAAAAUGAGUCUUGGAAGCUUGUAUUAUGGCUGAGCCUGUCGAGGAUGAUGUGAGCCUUUUGGGAUCACAGGAAGCUGCAGAACACAAUCUUGAUCACACCACAGAAUACCCAGGCCCCACCAAGGAAUACCGGUCAGCUCUGCGGCCACCUCCCCUCACCCCUCAGCCCCGGCAGGAGAGGAAACACAUGACUGCAGGACGUGUGUUGGGAGGGAGUGUUUCCCCGUACUCCUCCACCAGCCCUGCCACGAGUCCCCGCACUCCAGAACCAUCCCCUAACUACAACAUUGAUGCCUCAGGCUCCACUUAUGCCCUACAGGUUGCUCUCAGAAACAUGAAGGACCGAUACCACAAGCUGCAGAGGAAAGUGUCCCUCUUAGAAGACGAUAAUCAGAGACUCAUUACGGGCAAAUCUGAACUUUUUGGAGAGAUUGGAAAGCUGCAGGAAAACAGUAUAAAACUUAGAGAGAAGAAUUUACAGCUGAACCAAGAAAUACACACCAAGCAUCAAGAGUGCUGCAGCCUGAAGGAGAAGUUCACCACUCUGUCCACUGAGAACAUGAACCUCAAUAGACAGCUGGCCAGAAGCACACAGGACAACAGGCGCCUCUCCAAACAGGUGAAUGUCUUGAAUGAAGAGAACAGAAAGCUGAAGGAGAAGCUAAGUCUCAUUGCCACACAAGUGAAGGCACUGCCAGGAGGUGCUGGUCUUGCUGCCUCCGCCUCAGAGUUCACAACAGCCUCCAGACCCAAGAUUUCCUCCACUUCAGAUGAUCAUGAUAGUUUUGAGGACCUGACAGCUAAGUUCCAUCCAUCAUAUAGAGACAACAUGUUAGAUGGAUAUGAGGAGGUGAGCAGCACUGAGCUUGGAGACUCGGCAUCAUUGUGGAACAGCACUCACUCGGAGGAGGAGCAGAUGGUGCAGAAUGCCACACGUCGCAUGAAGGAGCUCCUGUCCUGCCUACAAGACCAGAACCACAGCCUGCUGCUCCUGUCCCCGAUCAUACACUCCCUGCCGCAUUCCUCCAGCUCCCGUAGAGGGAGUUCUGAGCCAAGUAAAGACGGAACAAUGCUGAGCCAGAGAGACCGUGAUCUCUCGAUGCUUACACUCACUCCCUCGACUCACAGCCAGGUGGAUGACGCAGCCCUCCAGAAGGUGCAGGAUGAUGAGGGCAACUGUCAGAGCCGACUGGCCACCUACGGAUCAGUUCUGCCCUCUAGCUUCGUGUCUGGCGCAGGCUCCAAUGGGAGCACAAGGCUUGAGAGGCUUGAGGGCAUGAGACAUGAGAGCAACGGAGACAACAAUGUGCUGGUGGAGGUGGGCACUGGGACUCAUGAGAGGCCACAGAGUCCCUUUGACUGGCGACAGGUUCAGAUGAGUGAUGAUGAAGGACGUGAGGGUGAGUAUUUCCGGCCAGACACUCGCACCGUCAGCACCUCACCCGACCCAACACUGGAGGUGGAGGACGAGCGUGUGUGCCCGAUGUGCAAUGCCGUAUUCCCGAGGGUGAUUCCCCAGGAGUCCUUCGAGUCCCAUGUUGUCAGUCACUUUGAAGUCGAGAAUGGCUUUGAGGUCAUUGCUUGAAGCCUUGGUGGUAGUGGUCAAACUUGCGUGUCACAAAGAACGAGUGAUGGUGGUGCCUUUCUUUUAAUGUGCAUUGUAUUUCAGACUGUGAUACUGAACAUUCCCAGAGAAACUGUCAUCUUCUCUCAUACUCAUUAACAGGGUGUAUUGGAAAUCUUUGGGGUUUUCAAGGGUGCUUUCAUGAUUCUAGUAACAGUGUAAUGAGGAUUAUUCACCAACAUUGAGAGAAUCACCCUUGAGAACAUUACUAUUCACUUCCAUGACAUUUAUAAGUAGUCCUGAUGAAAGAACAAAACAUUUAAGAGUCCUGGCUUACAAACAAUGUGAACUACUGACGAGCUGCAACUGCGCUGAAAUGUACUUAGAUCUUUUUUUAUAUUCAUGGGAAGAGAUAAGAAGAAUGAGUGUAGUCCAGAAAGCUUGACACUGAACAAGAGUAACAAGUGAGUACAGAAGAAAGCAAGAGCUUUGCCUGACAUUCUAUAGAUCCAUAUAAGGUGAUGUUCCUUGUCUCAGCUUGUUUCAACUGGUGUUCUGGUUUGCUGGAAAUGUCUGGCAGGCUUUGUAUGAAAAUUGAUAGUGGAUGGGCUUGUGUGAUUCAGUGUAUAAAAUUUAAUUCCAGUUGUCCAGUAUACACACCAUUGUGCAGGUGUGUUAUGAAAGAUGAUCCUUGCAGGUGGAGUUCUCAAGUUACAAAUUACUUAAGAAUUGUACAUAUGCUGAAUUUUGUAAGAUAGUCCAAUACUGUUGCUCAUUCAUAAAGAGAUUUUUUUAAGAUGAGGAUCUUGAUAUUAUUGAAAUAGUAUAUCUGUAAAGUAAAUAUUUAUAAAACUGUUGAUAGCUAUAUGAAUUUAGAAACUUUUUUUUUAAUGAAUAUUUUCUCUCUCCACAACAUUAUAGUGCAUAGAUAAACUUGCCAAAGCUCCUUGUUUCUGUUCUUUGUCUUGUUCAUUAUCUGUGAGGUAUUAUUAAGGCAAAGUAUUUGUUUUAGUUACUCUUCCAAUAUAUCUGCUGCAUUUAUAAUGAGCUCUAUUAUAAUAGUUUUAUUGUUAUACAUAAUAUGGCAGGAAAGUCUUUAAAAUUUAUGUAUAUAUAAAAAGUUCAGUUUUUAUAUCUGUAGUAAAAUUAUUAUUACAA